AUGGCCGACUCCGAGAAACCAUCGAUAAGCUUGGAGGGACGACGGUUUGGUGCCGUAGACAACACUGGGACGGGAGAGGUCAGCGAUCAAACGAUAUUUCACUACCACCAUAAACAAGAUCUCAUUUGGGCAACUUACGCGGGAGGAUCCAUUCGAUUUGGGACUCUUACGGGGCUCAUGCUACCUGAUGGUUCCUUAGACUUUCGGUACAAUCAUGUCAAUAUGAAAAAUGAAAUGAUGACGGGGCAAUGUCGUUCCACCAUUGAGAUAUUGACUGAUGGAAGAGUCCGAUUCCAUGAACGAUGGCAGUGGACGAGUGGAGACAAAAGCAGUGGAACCUCCAUCAUCGAGGAGCUCCGUUACUAG